UGGCUUUGAAAUUCGGGCCAUAGAACUGAAUUAAGAAGUUGGAGUAUCACGCUAAAUAACAGACUUUCCCAAGCCCUUUUUGUGUAGGAGAGAGAGAAGUUUCUUGAAUGUUGUAUCCUUCAUGGAAACCAAUGUCAAGAAAAACAGCAUGAACAAAUCCAGUAGUGUACUGCAGCCUGCUGGAAAGUCCUCUGCUAUUAUCUCUAGCACAUUGCCUUCAGAGCAGGUUUCACCAUCUAAUGAAUCAGAUCUUCCCCAAAUUUUGCCAGAAGUGGUACAUCCAGAAGCUGUACCCCAGAUAAGGCGACCAGGCACUGCAAUAAUAUCAAAACGGUCAGAUUCUUCAAACAUGUCUCAGUCACCGCUAAAUCGGCCAGUCAUCCCACCAAGAAGACCUGGCUUCAGGAUAUGCUAUAUCUGUGGCAGAAACUUUGGGUCACAUUCUAUCUCUAUACAUGAACCCCAGUGCCUAAAGAAGUGGCAUAUUGAAAACAAUCAGCUACCAAGGCAGCUCAGAAGAGCGGAGCCCAGGAAACCUGAGAUCCUCACUGGUGAUUCCUGUACACUUACAUCUGAAAAUGAGGCAGCCUAUCAUAGUGCUCAAGCCCAGCUUGUGCCCUGUGGAAACUGUGGACGGACCUUCCUUCCUGACCGUCUCAUUGUGCACCAAAGAAGUUGCAGAAAAGAUAGCAACGGUGUGGGGCUGUCAAGCUCUGCCCCUCAUAACACUCAUAAAGGCCCAAGCUCUGGAUCUGGUUCAACAUGUGCUGAUCCAUCUAAGGCCCGUCAAGGAAAGCACGAGGCUGCACCAGCCGUCUCAGAUAAGGCACCAGCGGUAAGACGGCCACUCACAGUGAUUUGCUACAUAUGUGGCCGUGAGUAUGGAACAAAGUCUAUCAGUAUCCAUGAGCCACAAUGCCUGAAAAAAUGGCACCGGGAAAAUAAUAUGCUAGCCAAACACUUGAGAAGGCCAGAGCCCAAAAAGCCUGAAGUCAUUUCCAUACAAGCCAAAGAUUUCUAUGAUCUUGAUUCUUUAAAUGAGGCUGCCUGGAUCAGCGCCCAGAACCAGCUAGUUCCAUGUGAUGUUUGUGGGCGUACUUUUCUUCCAGACAGACUGAUCGUCCACCAGCGGUCCUGUAAACCGAAACCUGCAAUGUGAAGCGGAUGUAACACGCAUGCAUGCAUAUGCAUACAUGCUCACAAUGUAUGCGUGUGUGUGUUUGUGUGUGCGUGAGUACAUACACAUGUAACCUUACCUUUCAUGCAAACCAUGAGAGAAAUAAAUUCCAGCUGGAGAGCCAUGGGCAUCAAAAUUGCAGUAUGUCAUCAAAUCACACGAUCCAAAAUCCUCCAGAGUAAAAUCAGCAGUUGCUACUGUAGUGUAAGAUCAAAUAUGGUGGUCUUCUAGUCCAGCGAUAGCAAAAAUGCCUUCUAAUUUCUGUCAUUCAAGUGCCACCUUGAAACCACAGUCUGAGAGGGAUGUCAUAAGAAUACUUGAGAGUAAUGUCAACUAUCAACUUAGUUCUCCAGAUUCUGUGCUUUGUUGGGUGUAGGAGAACCCAUGUGAGGAAUUUCCAGGUUGCUUUCUGAAUCGCUGUGCUGGCUUCACCUCUGUUGGUUAAACAUGGGAUGUUCUUCAGCCCCACUCCUUUCACAGCUUUUUCACAUUUAGCCAUCUGGACCUCUGAGACAAGUUGUACCUUCUUCUUAUGUUUCCCAUUUUACAUAUGUGUUUGGCUUUUUCUAUGCAGCAAAGGACAGAAAGAAGCCGCAGAGAUCUUUCGCUGCAGAGAUCCCCAAGAGAGUAUCUCAGAAGGAUCCAUCUUGUGAUCUUGCUUUUCAACAGAUCUGUGAGGUUGGGAGGGAUGGUAUCAUAGAAUCAUAAAAUAGUUUUGGUUGGAAGGGGCCUUAAAGCACAUCCAAUUCCAGUCCCACUGCCACAGGCAUGACACCUCCUAGUGGAUCAGGCUGUUCAAGACCCCAUCCAACCUGGCCUUGAACACUUCCAGGGAUGGGGCAUGGUGUAAUAUCAGGAGCUCCCUUGUCCGCAGGAACGUUUGGCUACAUGUCCCUUGCUCAGUGAAUAUAUUUAUCUACCAUUUCAUAAACUGAAACUUAAGAUAACUUUCAGGAAACUACAGUUUCAAUGGGGGGUAAUUCAUUGACUCUUAGUGGAUGCAAAGACAGAAUGAUGUUGAUCAUGAAAAUUAAUUCUUUGAAAAUUUUGUUUUUCCUCUAUUGAAGGUUUGUCCAGUUACUGUAAGGAUCUCCAGCAGAACUUGACUAACCAGAGAAAACAAGUAGCUCCUUUGGGUUUGUUGGUUUUGAGUUGGGUUUUUUUGUGUCCUUGUACAUCUUUGGCUCAAGAUUAUCCACUGACUGAAUAGUUCCCACUCAGAGCUCCAGUGGGAGUCCUUGACGGACAGUGCAACUCAUGAAGGCUGUGACUGCUACAAGUGCAAUAUUCCGAUGUUAAGAGAUUCAGCCAUGAGGUAGAAGCAGGGACUGGCUGAUUUUAGAAAACACCCCAGAAGGGCCCUAUUCUUGGAGCAUUUCUUGCUUAAUAAUGAUACUGACCACGUGAUUUAUCCUCAGCUCAAUAAAGUGAUCAUCCCAAAAAUGUUAGAAGUUACGGCAGCACAUCUUUGUCAUGAACUUGAUAAAAGAAAAUGUAUUUUUAUGUCCUGCCAAAACAAGCAUGCGUUGUCAGAUGGCUGGAAUAAAGUACCAUUCUGCCCUUUAUGCCAAAUGUAACCACAACACAGUGCCAGUGAGAGCAAGAAGGGUAGGUAUUAUAUAAGAAAGCAGUGGGGAAGGUGUUUGAAUGUGCUGUUUGAAAAAAUGUUAUUAUGUUAUGGAGCAGAAUAACAAAAUGCAUCAGGGUAUCAGUUAAACAUGUGAAUGAAUUAAUACUCACUUUAACAAGGUACAUCAGAGAACAUUUUUUAUUAUUAUUUUACUUACUCUAAAGUGUUUUGUUCCAUAUUCAGUAAGGUUAUUCAAAAGGAGUGGCAAAAUUCAGUACAAGUUGUUAACCAGCAGUACAGAUUUCCUGAUAUCAUGAAAGAAACCGUAUGUCAUGUAUAUUUUCACCUUCAGGCUCAAGCCCUAGAGCUGGCUGUCAUGUACUGAGUGACCAAUGUGACUUUUCUCAGAGCAUUCAUACUUACUAUUGCACUUACAAAUCAGAAGAAGUGGAUGUCUUCAUCCAAACUAAAAUGAAAUAUGG